GGGGGGGUUUCUCUGGCUGCUUUCUUUGACAGGUGUUGAGUGGGGCAAAAGUCUUAAAACAGAAUCCAGCAUGUACGCCAAAGGUAAAGGAGCUGUCGUCCCUUCCGAUAGCCAAGCGAGAGAAAAGUUAGCUUUAUAUGUGUACGAGUAUUUGCUGCAUGUCGGCGCACAGAAAUCAGCACAGACCUUCCUGUCAGAGAUCCGAUGGGAGAAGAACAUCACACUUGGGGAACCUCCAGGAUUUUUACACUCAUGGUGGUGUGUAUUCUGGGAUCUGUACUGCGCUGCCCCGGACCGGAGGGAGACAUGUGAACAUUCCAGCGAGGCCAAGGCUUUCCAUGACUAUAGUGCGGCCGCUGCUCCCAGUCCAGUGAUGGGCAACAUGCCACCCAACGACGGCAUGCCAGGAGGACCCAUGCCCCCGGGCUUCUUUCAAGGUCCUCCAGGAUCUCAGCCUUCCCCUCACACGCAGCCUCCCCCACACAACCCCAAUAAUCCCAUGAUGGGACCUCACGGACAGCCAUUCAUGUCUCCACGGUACCCGGGUGGCCCAAGGCCCGCCCUCCGCAUGCCAAAUCAGCCUCCUGGGAGCAUCCCCGGGUCACAGCCUCUCCUACCAAACAGCCUGGACCCCACCAGACCUCAAGGACAUCCAAACAUGGGAGGUCCAAUGAGAAUGAAUCCCCCUCGAGGCAUGGGAGGCAUGGGCCCACAGAACUACGGCGGAGGGAUGAGGCCUCCUCCAAACUCCAUGGGGCCAGGGAUGCCGGGCAUGAACAUGGGUCCCGGUGGAAGAGGUCCAUGGCCGAACCCCAACACCAACUCAAUAGCUUAUUCAUCUUCAUCUCCAGGCAACUAUGUGGGCCCUCCAGGGGGAGGCGGCCCACCAGGAACUCCCAUCAUGCCUAGCCCCGGAGAUUCGACAAACUCAAGUGAAAACAUAUACACAAUGAUGAACCCUAUCGGCCCUGGUGGAAAUAGACCUAAUUUCCCAAUGGGGCCGGGUCCUGAUGGGCCCAUGGGUGGAAUGGGUGCUAUGGAGCAGCAUCAUAUGAACGGAUCACUAGGCUCUGGUGACAUGGAUGGGUUGCCAAAGAAUUCUCCCAACAACAUGGCAGGCAUGAACAAUCCUCCCGGCACUCCGCGGGAUGACGGCGAGAUGGCAGGCAACUUUUUAAACCCAUUCCAAAAUGAAAGUUAUUCACCCAACAUGACGAUGAGUGUGUGAUUUUUUUUUAUUUUUUUUAUUUUAGUUUAUCUUUUAUUUUAUUUUAUUUCUUUUUCAUCUCCCCUUAUCCCAAUCUCCCUCUCCCAUCCGCCCUGGUGCGUCUUGCAUUACCCUCCUCCCCCCCUCCCUCACUUCCUACCUCCUCCUGGUGGACGGUGUGCUGUGCCACACAGCCCCUGGGGAUGCACCUGGAAAGCAGGACUCCCCUCAAGGCCCCUCAUCCCAACGCCUGUAAAAUGGGUUUAAGAACAUGAAAAGGCCUCCAAGCAACAGGAAGGGUCUCUGCUCCGCUUCUUCUUCACCUGCCGGGCCGCCAUACAGGCUCUAGGACAGUGAGAGCCCGAAACUGCUCCAAGCCUGUCUCUCCAAAAAAAAAAAAAAAACUGCCCUCAUGGGUGGCAUUCAAGCCCAAACAAGAUGCCCCGCUGCAUCUACCACCACUCCAUUAUAUCACGCUGAUUAUAAUUUAUGAGGGCACGCAGUUGUUGACUGACAGGGGCCGAAAACCCUCAUUCAAAAACUCAAAGAGGAAUGAUAAUAAAAAAAAAAAAGGACAGAUAAUGUUAUUUUAGGGCAAGAAUGGUUUUCAUUUAAUGUUUGUAUUUUUUGUUGUUGAUGGUAAUAUUAUUGUUAUAAUUUUCAUAAUUGAUAUUAUUCUACUAAUGUAGUUAUGAUUUCCUGUAAAGGGCACAUUUUUAUCUCAGCAGCAGCAUCAACAAUGACAGAAUAAGCACACCCUCGAAAAAUGCACAAUGAUUUUCUGUUUACAUGAUUUUUGGUUAUUUGAUGUUUGUCUUGUUUUUUUUUGUCACAGCCGGUCUCACUUCACAAACCUCUCCUCAAAACUUCUUCGGAACUUGUAGCUCCAGUUUCUGCCAUCUAAAUGUUUGUAGCAGCAUUUGCAUAAACAUUCAAAGUCUUCACCUUUUUAAUGAAGUAGUUUGUGCCGAGGCGUUAGUAUCUCAGCUAAAACUAUCCAUACAGAUUAAACGGAGGCUUUCUCAAAGCACUGCUGUUUUCUGGUACAAAGUGUCUGCUGAUGCACCUGACUGAUCAUCUAGCUAUCUUGUCUUAAUAAGCACCCCUCCUCACCGUUUCCUAUUGUUUUUACUGCAUGGGAAUGGCUCUGAGGUGCCAGUUCUCAUUCAGUCAUAGACCGAGCGAGAGAGCACCUCUUCUCUGGAUUUGGUCUUGUCUGUAAAUACAACAUAUUUAGCUUGUACUGUGGUUGUUUUUAUUAUUUGUUAUUUACAAUUUGUCUGUGAAUCCUAAAACGUGGUUCCUUCCCCUCCGUCACUUUGUUUGAUUUCAACUUCACUGUGGACUCCAAGUGGCACUGUUUUCCUCCCAGGAUUCAUUCUGGUCUCUCGCCAAUGUCUCCUUUUUGGACUGAGAGAUAUUGUAGGAGCUCAGAUACACUCGGGAAGCCUGCUUUUUUUUUUUUUUUUUAAGUUUGGGGUGAACUCACAGAUCCUGUAUGAUUGAUCCACUUUCUUAACCCAGACAAGACAGGCUAAAUAACGUAAAAUGUCUCCUUGGAGCUCCCGUCGACCCUCAGCGAGUCCCAUAUGUACGGGAUAAUGGAUCCGGAGCACUGGGAGGCUGCAGCAGCGCUGAUGAUGGGAGCAGAGUGAUGCACCUUGGGGUUAACAGACCAUGCAUCGGUCUAAAGAAGAGGAAGAAUAAUGGGACACUUUUGUAAUGGAUAUAUUUCCAUUUUUGUGGAUUGUUUUUAGCAGAUUGUUUUUAUUUUAAAUGUAUUCAACUGAGAAAAUGAAAGCCCAUAGAAUCUGCACACAAAGAAAAGCAUAGUUAAAAUAUUACGCUAUUUAAUUUGUUUCUUUCUGUAUGUUAUGUACUCUUGGCCUGAUCAACUCUGUCACCGUUUCAAAGGGAUACAUUAUCUCUCAUAGCAUCAUACUGCAGCACUUCAACAUGGCUGUGUUCAAACCAACAAUAACUAAACAACCAUUGGAGCCUCUACGGGUGAUGGCGACGUACUUAUCAAUUUUCUGAUAUCAAUGUGAACAGAGUGUACCUAUUCAAUAGGGACAUCUCCAGGAUUUGGCUAUCAGCGGCCUGGGAACCACUCUCCAGUGUUUCUCCAAUGUAGUGACACACACCUCCAUCCUUUCCUCCAAUCCCAUCCCUCCCUCACCCCCCAAAACAUCCCCUUCCCCCAUUCUUUAAUUUCCUUUUUUGUAAAUACUGUAUAAUGCAUUUUGAUAUCAUUGACAUGUUUUGAUAUGUCAGUCACUACCAAUGAAUACAGCUAAAAGUAAAUUAUAAAUAAAUCUGUCCAUGUUUUUCAUAGAGAAAGGAUGCGCUGACUAUUUGGCUCGUGUGGCUAAAUUUCCAUAAAAAUGUAUAGAAUACAGUAAGACAUUAAAUGCAGACUGUAUGCUAAAUACUUUUGAGUGGAAGAUAGGACAGAGAGAGGACAGGACAGAUAGAAGCAAACAAGCUGUGGGGUCCUCACUCUGCCCUCGUCUCCUUUUAUGUUUCAGUUCAAUGUUACUAUUGGCUUUGAAUAAUCAUUUGAAUCAUUUUUCCAAAGGGCAUCUUCUCACAAGAAACAUGUGGCCUCUUAUUGCAGUUUUUAAUAUGAAGGAUUUUUAUCAAUUUAAGAACUUUUAAAAAGGUAAAAAUACUUAAGAGAACCUCAUUUUAAAUUAAGAAUAGAUCAAAAAGCAACUGUGUGCUUUGCUAUUCGCUCCUGUUAUAGCGUUGUAUAGAUCGAAGCUCUCUCACUGAUCCUCUCUCAGUCCUCUGUGUAUAUCGAUCGUUGGCCAUCUCUGUACUUCUAUUGUGAUGUAUAAUACUGUACCAUUAGGAAGAUUUGCUGGUCGGGUGGGGUGGUAUUGUUGAGUCGGGGAGGGGUUGGGAUUCAAGGGAAGGAGAUAUAAAUUAUUCUCCUGUACCAUUCAUGGUCCUUUCUGAUGACACGGCAGUAUUCGAUAUGAAGCAGUCUGUCUCUUGGGUUUGCUUUGUAUUUUCAUGGUAGGAUAGUUCAGAAUCUUGUCUUAGGGACUUAGGUGUCUUGUGUAGGUAAUAAAAGAUGUUCUUUGUAUGUUUCUUUAUAUUGUAAAGUUUCUUUAGACUGAAAGAAAAACAGAUAAUUUGCUUAUCAAAAAAGAAAAAAUGCAUCAAUAAUAAAUGUCCUUUGAUUUUU